AUACAUAUCAUCAAUCCAGAAGAAGAAGAUCUAAGACAAAAAUGGAAGAUCAUAGCAAGCAUCCAGCACCCGCGUACAGAGGAAUCAGGAAGAGAAAAUGGGGGAAAUGGGUGUCAGAAAUCCGCGAACCGGGGAAGAAAACCAGGAUAUGGCUAGGGAGCUACGAGGCACCGGAGAUGGCUGCAGCUGCUUACGAUGUGGCUGCAUUGCACCUCAGGGGAUGCCAGGCGAAGCUUAACUUCCCCGAGUUGAUCGACAGCCUCCCCAAGCCGGCCAGCAGCAAUGCUGAGGACGUGCAGCUGGCUGCGCAGGAGGCGGCCAUGCUGCUGAGGAAGCCGGAGGAGCUGGAUGGCGAUGGCCGACAAGGCGCUAAUAAGUUGGCUCCGGUGCCAGUUAGGCUGUCCCCGGGCCAGAUUCAGGCGAUAAAUGAGUCGCCGUUGGACUCGCCUAAGAUGUGGAUGGAGCUGGCCGGGGCUCUACUGUCAGCAGAAGCCAUGGUUUUGGGGUCUCAAGAUGUUGAGUUUAGUCAGUGGGAAGAAAUGCAGCUAUUUGGUUCCAUUUGGGAUCCCUAGAACAAUAACUUAAUUCACGACAAUAUCAACCAUAAACAAAUAUAUACUUGCAUUGUUUAGUCUUGGAUUAUGUAGCAAAAGGUUUUAAACUUUGUUGACACGAAAGACAUGGUUUUAAAUAUUCAUCUUGGCAUCCCACCAAAGUAAUUUAGACCAUGACUUCUCGCCAAUUUAGACUAGAUCCAUUGAUAGGUUUGUUUUUGGCUUUUUAAUUUACUAGUUUUUUUUUUUUUUGGUCACUUUAAACCCUGUAUUUUAAAACUUAGAAAUAAAUUCAAUGACUAAUUUGGAAUUUUUUCCAUUUUCCUAAGUACCCCAAUUAAAUUGUCUCCAAGAUUGGAGCUUAAGUUCUCCAUCGGUGACAAUACAUACCCUAUAGAUGUAUUAUUGUGUGUUUAUAUGUUUUUCUUCAUGCAAAACCUAAAAAUAUAGGCCAAUUCAUGCUCGUAUAUAUUGGUUAUACAACUUUCACUUCAUGUAAUUAUAUGUGCGCGUGUGUGUGUGUGUGCGUGUGU